CUCGCGCGCCUCGGGGUCGGCCCGCCGAGCCACCAUGUCCACUGCCGCCUCCUCCUCCAGUUCCUCUCAGACCCCUCAUCCCCCGCCGCAGAGGAUGCGGCGCAGCGCCGCGGGCUCCCCGCCCGCCGCCGCCGCCGCCGGGAGCGGGAGCGGUGCGGGCGGCGGAGGCGGGGGCUGCGCCCCUGCUGCGGGAGGCGGCCGGCUGCUGCAGCCCAUCCGCGCCACGGUGCCCUACCAGCUGCUGCGGGGCAGCCAGCACAGUCCCACGCGCCCGCCCGCCGCCGCCUCCGCCGCCUCGCUGGGCAGCCUCCCGGGGCCCGCCGCGGCCCGCGGCCCCAGCCCGCCCAGCCCGACGCCGCCGCCGGCCGAGCAGGCGCCGCGGGCCAAGGGCCGCCCGAGACGGUCCCCUGAGAGCCAGCGGAGGAGCAGCUCACCUGAGAGACGGAGCCCCGGCUCGCCCGUGUGCAGAGUGGACAGGCCAAAAUCUCAGCAAGUUCGAACCUCUGCUACAAUAAGGCGAACCUCCUCUUUGGAUACGAUAACAGGACCUUACCUCACAGGACAGUGGCCACGGGAUCCUCAUGUUCACUACCCUUCAUGCAUGAAAGAUAAAGCUACUCAGACACCUAGCUGUUGGGCAGAAGAGGGAACAGAAAAGAGGUCACAUCAGCGUUCUGCAUCAUGGGGAAGUGCUGAUCAACUGAAAGAGCAGAUUGCCAAACUGAGGCAGCAGCUACAACGCAGUAAACAGAGCAGUCGUCACAGUAAGGAGAAAGAUCGGCAGUCACCUCUUCAUGGCAACCAUAUAACAAUCAGUCACACUCAGGCUACUGGAUCAAGGUCAGUCCCCAUGCCACUGUCAAGUAUAUCAGUGCCAAAAUCAUCUAUUUCACGUGUGCCCUGCAAUGUAGAAGGAAUAAGUCCUGAAUUAGAAAAGGUAUUCAUUAAAGAGAAUAAUGGGAAGGAGGAAUUGUCUAAGCCUCUGGACAUACCAGAUGGUCGACGAGCUCCACUCCCUGCUCACUACCGGAGCAGUAGCACUCGCAGCAUUGACACGCAGACUCCUUCUGUCCAGGAGCGCAGCAGCAGCUGCAGCAGUCAUUCACCUUGUGUCUCCCCUUUUUGUCCUCCGGAAUCCCAGGAUGGCAGCCCUUGCUCCACAGAAGACUUGCUCUAUGAUCGUGAUAAAGACAGUGGGAGUAGCUCACCGUUACCCAAGUAUGCUUCAUCUCCCAAACCAAACAACAGCUACAUGUUCAAACGGGAGCCCCCAGAGGGAUGUGAGCGAGUGAAGGUCUUUGAGGAAAUGGCGUCUCGUCAGCCUAUCUCGGCCCCUCUCUUUUCAUGUCCUGACAAAAACAAGGUUAAUUUCAUCCCAACUGGAUCAGCUUUCUGUCCUGUAAAACUUCUAGGCCCUCUCUUACCUGCCUCCGACCUGAUGCUCAAGAACUCUCCUAACUCUGGCCAGAGCUCAGCUCUUGCGACUCUGUCCGUUGAGCAGCUCUCCUCCCGGGUUUCCUUUACAUCCCUUUCAGAGGACACCAGCACAGCAGGCUCCACAGAGGCCUCUGUCCAGCAGCCAUCCCAGCAGCAGCAGCUCCUGCAGGAACUGCAGGGUGAGGAACACAUCUCUGCUCAGAACUAUGUGAUCAUCUAAAGCCACGGGGGAGCCGGCCUCCUCCCCACGUUCUGUGGAUUAGGCCUCUAUCUGCACGGAGUGACAGACUGAACACCACCGCCACCAACAAGGAAACACUUAUCAGCAUCACAAAGUAUCUCUUAACACUGAUCUUGGCAGGGACAGAACUCCUAUUCAGCAGUUUUUUGGAAAGCAGUAAUGCUUGCAAAAUGUGUGUCAUUCAGCAUUUUAAGUGGAGACUAUGCAUUUCAUAGAAUGUUUGACAGAUUAGUACUUUGUCCUGUGUUUUGUUCCAAAUUCUUCAGUAUAAAUAAGCUCUAUAUCAAAAAGUUGCCUGUCUAAAUAGAAAAUGUCUUGCUGUGUUUUGUCCUAUGGAAAAUACUGUACUUCAGGAUUAUGUUUACAAUUGAUCCAGGUGUUUGUUUCUAACUUCUGUAAUACAUACAAUGCAAAAAAAAAAAAAAUGGCCACAACAGUUGCACAGUGCCCACCCUAUGGCCUAGCUUCAGGUACUUCAGUUGAAGUCUAAACUCAGGUAACUUGGAAUGUAUAUCAUAUCGGGAUAUUAAAUAUUUCACAGCUAAAAAGCUAAAGAGGGAACAACACUCUUUUGCCUUUCCUUAUUUUAUGCAUUUCCCUUUCCUCAUUACAUUCCACAUUCUCAGCAUAAGAAGUGCUUUCAACCCUAGAAGAAUGAGAGUCCUGGACUUGAGUGAACAUGAGGAGAACCAGCAAAUCUGUGGUAUGUGACAAGGCUGUGUCAUGUGGUUACAGUACAGACUGUUGCAUUCACUGUUUCUACACGUGUCAGCAUGGCUUCCCCUCCCUCAGGUGUUGCUCAGUAAAUGACUGUUACAUUGUUGGAAAUAAAGUGUUCAGUACUAGAAACAUUCCACAUUGUGUGUGAUGAAAUUGAAACAUGGGAAUGUCUAGCUUUCAUUGUAAAACAAGUGAAGGUUCGUAGGGAAUGGUUGGAUUUUUUUCUUUAUGUUAUUCAGGGUUGUAAUUGCUACCAGCUUACCUAAAGGCAUAUUUAUGUUCAGUUUCUCUUUGAGAAGUUAUUUAAUUCAUAGGUUCAAAAAUGACACACUUUUGGUUAUUGUUUUCUUCAAGCAUUUUAGUUGCAUGAGUUGAGAAUGAGUGGAUUUCCAAACUGCUGCAAGAUAAGAAGGCAGGUUAUUUGGUGACCUAGAAAAGCAGUAGUCUGAAGCAUUCUUACUUAAGCCUCACAUAAGAGUAUCAUGAAUAGUUUUAAGAUUUGGGAUGUGUGAGGAAGACCCUAGGCCCAGAUAAAAGGAGCCUGGAACUUGCAGACUCCAGUUUUCCACAGGGUUGUAAGCAGGCCCUACAUCGAUAAUCCUGACUGGGCAGUUGAGAGUGGGCUGGCAGAUGUUGUUUUCGGCAGCACAAAGAAGGUGUCCAGAAGUUCAGGGAAGCGUAUGCAUUUUUAUUCCAUGGCUUUCAGUUCAGUGAAACCCAGCAUUGUUUCAUCUGCACCUAAAAGCAUAGGGCCCAGUCUUCUUAAAAGUUAGGGGACACGGUGCCUACUGUUACAGGAGCCUUUCAAUUCCCUUCCGUCAUUCCUGGCUUUUCUUUGUUUUGUGUACUUCCUAAGGAUGGUGAAGAAGGAUGGAGGGGAUAGAAAGGGAAGCAACACCAUUGAUUUUUUUAAAAGAGAUAUGUGUAUGUGUGUGUACACCCGUGUAUAUUCUGUGUAUUAUUUUGUCAUGAUGGCAAUUCUCUUCUCUCCACCAAAGUUUGCAGUAAUAUACUCUCCUGAAGGUGCAUCCAGGCUCCUUUCCAUUAGUCAGUGUUACAUUGUAGGAGACUGUCAUGGAGAAAAGGACUCAGUUUACUUUUGCCAUUUUUCACAGGGGAAACUUUUAAAACAAUCUUUUCAACAGCAGACACCUUUAACCCUAAUAAUCUCAGGCCUUGAUGAAAAUACUAUAUUUUGUAGAUUAUGGUUAAAGGGAGAAAAUUCCUAGUUCCGUAAGAUAAAUAUGAGCUCCAUUUAACUUCUGAUGUCUGGUUCAGCAUUACCUAAUCUAUUGAUCUUGUGCUCUGCUUUUGUCCAAAUAAGAUGCAAUAGUAUCAAUUUCAGAAAAAUGAACUGAAUAUGCUUUUUUUGGUAAUGAAAUCUGAUGUACGAUAUUUAUAGUGACAUGUGUUUUUAUUUUCUCAUGAAAAACUAAAUAUUAAUUGUGUUGUACAUUUGCUCUUAGCAUAUAUUAAAGUUUUGAACCAAAUGUGUUAAAGCUUAUGCUUUGCCAUGUAAAUUUCCCAGAAGUUGUUGAGCUCAGAUGUAUCCUACAUCCUGCUGUAGAAAUUUGUCAGAAAUUGUUUAAAUUUUGUAUAUAGUUGUACUGUUUAAUUCUAGCCACUGCGCUGAACAGUAUUGAGUUAUCAGACAAUAUGGCUUUACACAAGGAAAUGUGUGGCUUCUGUUUUGUAUUUUUUCAGUAUAGAAGUUCCUGUGUCUUAUUUAAAUAAAGUUAUUAAUAA